AUGGGAGAAUGUCAGGAAGCCUUCAAGCAACACUUUAAGGAUGAACUAAAAACCUACAAAAAAGGUGUCAUCGUAAAUCUUGUUGACCAAUCAGGAAAGGAGAAAGUAAUCGCAGAUGCAUACCUCGAUCAUAUAUUGGAAAACAACUCCCCAGAUCUUACUUAUAUUACAUUUGACUUCCAUGAGUACUGUCGAGGUAUGAAGUUUGAGAAUGUGGAUGUCCUGACUGAAAGCAUUCCUGAUGUCAUUAAAGAUAUGAGAUAUUGUUGGGUUGACAGGAAGGGUAUGAUAUGUGAACAAAGGAGUGUCUUCAGAGUUAACUGUAUUGAUUGCUUGGACAGAACUAAUGUAGUGCAGACUGCCCUAGCAAGAACUGUUAUGGAAAUACAGUGCCGUAAAUUAGGGCUCCUCCCACCAGAUGAAAGCCUCCCUCUGUCUUGUCGAGUCAUCUACCAGCAGGUCUGGGCAAACAAUGGUGAUGCGAUAAGUCGACAAUACGCGGGCACGGCAGCUCUUAAGGGUGAUUUCACAAGGACUGGAAAGAGAGAGUUGACGGGUGUGAUGAAAGAUGGCAUGAAUUCUGCAAACAGGUAUUAUUUGAGUCGCUUCAAGGAUGCAUACCGCCAGGCUGCAAUUGAUGUCAUGUUGGGUAACCCUAUAUCUGAAGAGCUCACUAUUCUCAUGGGAGGACCCGCAAAGAUCGACCCGGUUAAUGAAGGUAGUGAACUGAGAGAGAAAGAGGAAGAUGUCCUCAGCUUGAUACAGGAGUGCAAGAUCCUGUUGAUAGGGGACAAUGAACACUGUUUAGGGGGUUGGGGACUCAUAGAUUGCAGCUCAGGGAGCAGUGAUGACCAAGAUGUCGACACCAUACUUCUGUUGACCAACAUAGCAUAUUAUGUCGCCCACUAUGACGAUGAAGUUGAAAAGGUCACUGAUUACCAGCGGAUACAACUUGAUCAGCUAGAGUCCAUAGAUUUAGACAUCGAUGCAUCGUCAGAACCAGCUUUGGCGAUGUAUAUCGCGAUGUAUCGAUUAAUCGCGACAACACUAGUGUUCACUGGAGAGAGACCUGUUUACUAA